AUGGUUUCUCUAAAGAUCCAGAAGCGGCUCGCCGCAUCGGUGAUGAAGUGCGGGAAGGGCAAAGUAUGGCUCGAUCCGAACGAAACCUCCGACAUCUCCAUGGCCAAUUCCCGCCAAAACAUCAGGAAGCUUGUGAAGGAUGGUUUCAUCAUCAGGAAACCAACGAAGAUCCACUCUCGUUCCAGAGCUCGUGUUUUGAAGAUUGCCAAGAUGAAGGGACGUCACUCUGGAUAUGGUAAGCGAAAGGGUACCCGUGAAGCUAGAUUGCCAACAAAGGUACUGUGGAUGCGUAGGAUGCGUGUUCUGAGGCGUCUAUUGAAGAAGUACAGAGAGACAAAGAAGAUUGACAAGCACAUGUACCAUGACAUGUAUAUGCGUGUUAAAGGUAAUGUCUUCAAGAACAAGCGUGUCUUGAUGGAGAGUAUCCACAAGUCCAAGGCCGAGAAAGCCAGAGAGAAGACUUUGGCUGAUCAGUUUGAGGCUAAGAGGGCGAAGAACAAGGCUAGCCGAGAAAGGAAACAUGCUAGGAGAGAAGAGCGUCUAGCUAAGGGUCCGGGGGGAGAUGUUGAGCCUGCACCAGCACCAGCACCAGCUGCUGCUACUACUGCUCAGACUGCAGAGGUACCGAAGAAGACGAAGAAGUCCAAGAAGUGA